GGCGCAUCACUUGAUUUCCACGCGCCUGAUUCCCAGCACUCGCAUUCACGCGCUGGGAUUCGUACUGUAGCCAGCGCACGCCCGCGAUUCGGGUAAAUCUUCGUCGCGUUCCUUCUCAGGCCCUGACGGAUUGUCGAGGCGCACCCCUUCGCAACCCGCCGCAGUAGCAGCCAUGGCAUCCGCGCGCAAGAGACCUAGGGCUGAGCCCGAGGACAACCGGGCUGAGUGCCCGUUCACCAUCAAGAUUGUCGACCCCAAGGACAAGGACCAAAAGAAGAAGAAGCGCCGUCGCACCGAGGCUGGCGAUGACGAUGACACGGCGCAGAGGGUCACGCUGCAGAUGUCGCCGUUCUCGCCCUCUGGCAAGUUCAAGACCCACGAGACGAUGGAUCUCCACUACCAGGUCGAACCGGGGAAGAAAUGGACCGACAUGACUCGGUACAACAGUUUCGUUCUGAAUGGGACGAAAUACUUCAGCGAAGGAUUCAUCUAUGUCGCGAACGACUCCAGCAUUGAGCGGCAGAAGGCUGUCAACAACAACGAGCCAGUGCAGUCUAGGAAGAAGUCGGACGACGACUGGGUCGCACGUAUCCUAGAGAUCCGUGCCAGCGACGAGCAUCACGUCUAUGCGCGAGUCUACUGGAUGUACUGGCCCGACGAGCUGCCGCCGGGGACCCACGACGGCAAGAAGACGGUGCAAGGCCGCCAGCCAUACCACGGCGUCAACGAAUUGAUCGCCUCCAAUCACAUGGACAUCAUCAACGUGGUGAGCGUCACAUCGCAGGCGAACGUGAAGCAAUGGUAUGAAGAGAACGACGAGGAGAUCCAGAACGCGCUGUACUGGCGGCAGGCAUUCGACGUCAGGACGUACGAGCUUUCGUCGGUCGAGAUGGUGUGCAGCUGCAAUACGCCGGGCAAUCCCGACAAGAUGCUGGUUGGGUGCACAACAGAAUCAUGCAAGAAGUGGAUGCACGAGCAGUGCAUCAUCGACGACGCGCUCCGGGCCACGUACCGGCGGCUGGGCACCGACAAACCGCACCUGCCCCCGGCGCCGGCCAAGAAAGAGGAGAACGAGGACGAGGGCAAGCGCCCGUUGAGCCCCACCGAAACCGGCGCCGAAGGCUCCACAGAACACUCGAUCGACGUCAAGGCCGAGGCAGGGCCCUCAGACGCCGUGCACGUCAGCACAAAAGACAACGUCGAUGUCCGACAGGCCGCCGACGAUGAGGACGCCCCCGCUGCGCCCGAGGACUCGCUGCCCCACCGACCCAGCGACCAGGCGCGGGCGCGGGCGACGAGCGAGAACACUACGACGACGGCCGCCACAGACACGCCGGGCAAGGCCGCGCCCGCGACGGGCAAAGCGACAUCGGGCCGGAGACCCGGCCGGCCACGCAAGAAGGGCGCGGAAGCCAACGGCGAGAGCGCGCGGCCAUGGGAGGGCCUGUUCGAGGCGACGCUCAAGACGGCAGACGUUGGCCCGCCGCUGAUCGAGGUGCGUGAUCUGCGUGAGGGCAUCGUAGGCGGUGAGAAGUCGUGGACCGAGCCGGUCAAGUGCCUGCUCUGUGGGAACCAGGUCAACUAGGAGCCGAUUUGCGGUUCCGACCGGGAUGGGGGCGGCAGCGGCGAGGAGACGGGCUCAGGUUGGGAAGAAGCGGACUCUGGCGGUUAUGCCGAUGACGAGGGACCGUGUGGAGAGGAGGAUACUGGGCACAGUCUUGGAAGCCCGGAGCUGAGCAGCGAAGGCAUCUGACAUCGCAAGCGGAGCAAGAACCGGGGGGUGGACGAGGAGCCCCAACUGACCACGCCGCCGAGUCUGACCGACCCGCCCGGGAGGCCAUUCCGUGCGCGCAAGCGCUCAAGUAUGGAUUUUGCUGGAAAGGGAAAGUGAGCUGGUGGCGUGCAACAGGCUGGUUGGGACAGAAGCUUCAUCUCGACCGCAGCAUGCAGCGGAACGAGUCAGGGGAGUGCAGGAGAGGAGGACCGACUAUUUUCUUUACACGACGAAUCGGGAAAGGGGAAGCGGGUUUUUUUUCCUUGGUCCUAACUACAUA